AAGUAUUAAAUCCAUUUGAAUUGGCCAUGAUUUUGGAAUAUGAAAGACUGGCUCUUAAGGAAGUUGAAGAGCAAGAUGGUCUAUGUAUCGUUGGAAAGGGACUAGGUGUGCAGAGAAUUAUUUCUAAACUUGUCGAUAACUUGUGCCAACAGCAAAAGCUUAUCCUCGGUUUACGCUUUUCUAAGGACUGGUUGCACUCUUUGGAACAAUGGUUUCUAGUAAACCAAGACAUAGAGCCUCAUCUUUAUCCAAGAGAAAUAGACGCCAGUUAUUCUCGAGCAGAAAGACAGUCUAUUUAUCAUUUAGAACAAGGGUUUUUGGUUGUCACUUCCACCAUCUUGGUUCACGAUCUUUUGUUGAAAGUAAUUCCAGCGGAGAAAGUGAGUUGUAUGGUUGUCAAUGAGGCAGAAUUUUUGGUAGAUGAUUCGCGAAUAGAAUGCUUUAUCAUUCGUUUGCUGAAAGAACAAAACAAAAAAUGUUCGAUAAAAGCGUUUUCAGAAAGAGCGGAAUGGUUUACGAGGGGCUUUCACUUGGUGGAAAAGGCCAUGAGAAACUUGAAAGUUACAAAGUUAUAUCUCUGGCCCCGGUUCCGAGUAGAAGUUGAUCAAUGCUUGCUCAAGUCAAGUGGGCAACUGGUUGAAUUGGAAGUGAGGCAGACUCCAAAGAUGGCAUCUUUAAGCAAGGCAAUUUUGGAAGCUAUGGGUGCGUGUUUGGUUGAACUGAAACGUCGAAAUAAAAGUAUCGACGUUUCUGAACUGGAUAUACAGAAUGCGUUAUUCAAAAGUUUUGAUUUUGUCAUAUUGAAGCAGUUGGAGCCCAUGUGGCACAAUGUGAGCAGUUAUACGAAGCAGUUGAUAAGAGAUUUAAGAACUUUGAGAAAUAUCUUAACUUUUUCUACCAAACUGAACUGUGUCAGUUUUUUUAAUUUCCUCAUGGCUAUCACACAAAGUGAAGAUACUUCCAAAUCUCAUUGGUUAAUGUCAAAAACUGGGGAGAAAAUUUUCACCUUUGCAAAAAGUAGAAUUUAUGUUAAAAGUAAGGACAAUAAGGAUUUGGAAAGGAAGGAGAAAAAACCCAAAUUCACAUCUGGGUCGAGUAUACCUCUCGAUAUGAAGGUAAUCCUUGAACCUAGUCCUAAAUGGUCUGUACUUCAUUCUCUAUUGCAAGAGAUUAGAGCCAAAACAAAUGGCGAAAAAUGGGAUGAGAUGUUGUCAAUGGGAUAUGGUUGUCGAGUAAUCAUAUUUGUGAAAGAUGUCUCCACGAUGAUAGAACUUUCAGAAAUUGUAAAGGAUGCCAAGGCCCCAGAAGAAUACCUUCGCAAGGAAUUCCAAAAACUUAUGAAGAGCCGAGAUGAAGCUAUUGCUCGCGCAAAGCGUCUUCUUGCUAAAGAAAUUGCAGAUUCAGAAAACUUUUAUGGAAUAGAACCUGAACCUGUUGACAAAGAAAACGUACAGGAGAAAACGGGGAUGGACUUGGCUUCGUAUUGUUCUGAUGAAGAAACUUUGGGAGAAAAAGAUUCAUCUCGCAACCUUUCUUUACAAGUUCCCGAUAUCGAAAUAGUGACACUGGAAGCAAGCACAGAGAGUAGGAAGGGUUUGGAAGUUCUUGAGUCACUGAAGCCAAGAUUCGUGAUUAUUUAUGAACCACAUAAUUGUUUGAUACGACAGCUUGAAGUAUAUCAAAACGAAUUCACUGAGUUGCCUUUGGAAGUUUUUUGUCUUGUUUAUGAAAAUUCGGUCGAAAAGGAUAAAUUUGAAAAAGCCUUGGAAUACGAAGCUCAUUCAUUUGAACGACUCAUAAGAGAAAAAGAAAAUAUGGUUGUUUUUGUAGAUGACGAACACUCCAAUGUGGAUCAGAAUAGAGAAGACACCUCCAAGUUUGGGAUCGUGGAGGUAGGGACACUGAAUCGAGAUUCUAGGAAAAUAGGAGGAAGAAUAUAUGUGGAUAUGAGGGAAUUCCGUAGCAAAUUACCACAGCUUUUGUAUGACACUGGAGCUGAACUCAUACCAGUCACGUUAAGCAUAGGUGAUUAUAUUCUAAGCAAGUCCAUAUUUGUGGAGAGAAAGAGUCUCUCAGACUUAACUAGUUCCUUGCAAAGUGGUCGACUAUUUUCGCAAGUUCAACAACUCUGUCGUCACUGUCGCUUUCCUUGCCUUCUCAUAGAAUUUCCCCCUGGAAAGUCGUUUCUCUUAUCGAGCUUUUCAGAACUUGUGAAGGAAUUGAAUCCAAUAUCGGUACUGAGUCGGUUGGUUCUUCUAACGAUACAUUUUCCCUUGUUGCGUUUAAUAUGGUGUCAUAGCGAGUACUUUUGCGGUAGCGUUUUUGCUGCUCUGAAAAGUUCCGAACCCAUCGACGAACUGCCGGAGAUAGACUCCCUAGUGCAAAAUGACACAGACUCGAAGGAAUAUGACAAUUAUUCUGCUGUCGACCUUUUAUUGCAAUUACCAGGAGUUCACGAGCGCAACGUUCAAAAUAUAGUGAACAAGUUCAAUUCUAUACAAGAACUCUGCAAUGCUGAUGAAGACGAACUGGAAACGACGUUUGGCUCAAAUAACGCAAAAAUAUUUUAUGAAUUUGUACAUUCCACUGCGCCCAAUCUUUACGAAGGCCAGUUUAAAUAGUUGACAAAUGUUGUUGUUCAUUUGAACUAAGGAUAUAAAUAAAUAGGAAUUGAGUUUG